AUGCAGAUGGCCCUGCCCUACUGGCGUGAGAGCCCCGGCGCCCGAUGGAAGCUGGCGGGGGUGAUCGGUCUCACACUGGCCACCACAGGAGUCAGCGUGGCCUUCAGCUUCCUGGGCCGCGACUUCUUCAACGCCCUGUCAGCGCGCGACGCGGACGCAUUCUACCGGCAGCUGGGCCUCUACCUCGGAGCCUUUGCGGUCGGCAUACCCGUCAUCGUCUUCAGCGAUUACUACCAGUCCCGCCUGGCGCUAGACUGGCGCGAGUGGAUGACCAACCGCCUGCUGGCGCAGUACUUCCGCGACCGCUCCUUCUACCAGCUGCAGGCGGGGCAGCUCGUGGACAACCCAGACCAGCGCAUCGCGGCAGACGUCAGGCAUGCGGAAGCUUGCCUGGGGCGCCUGAUAGAGGUGGCACUGCGGGUCAGGGUGCUGGGCGCUGGCAUGCAUGCGCUUUGCGAGGUCCGGGGCUGCCACCCGAUUCGGAUACGGAUGGCUUUCACGGACACGUCCUUGGCGCUGUUUUUGACCCUGCUCAACUCAGUGAUUGACCUGGUGUCUUUCAGCGGCAUCCUGUACACCAUAUACCCCCCACUCUUUGCCGUGCUGCUGGCCUACUCGAUCGGGGGCACCGCCGCCUCGCUUGCGCUGGGCAAGGUGAGCGGGGCUGCACGGCGCGGUGCCUUGUAG